CGCGGAUAUGACAUUAUGGCAAGUGCCCUUCCGGAAAUGCGUUCAGGCUGUGAUCGGAUUUUUUUGAAAUCGUAGUCUUUAGUUCUGUGCCUAGCGAGGUUAGUGAUUUGGACUGCAUUUCCAUAAACAAUGCUUCUUGCCAACUUCUCGGCCACAAUUACCCUCAUGCUGCUCCUGAUUAUUCCGGACAAUCCUCCCGCGAACUGCAGCAAAAUUAUCGUCAACGGCACGUGGCACGAGCUGGGUAAAAUUGCCACGUUGCUUUUGCAAAAGUGUCUGCGACCGCAUCUGCAGCGGAAUCAUUACCAUCAUCUGCAGGAAUGCCUGAAGCGCAGGAGUCUGCUGGCCAUUGAUAGAGCAUUGAGCCGUGACGUCAUAGAGAUCGGCCAAGGAAUCGCUCUGAUGAAGUGGAAAAGUAACGGCACGGAUGGGGGUGAUAGGUAUCCAAUAAAAUUGGAAGUAACUGGCAAAUCUUUCGGAGGAGACUGGAGCAGGGAAUUCUUUCAGCGCGUAAUGCUAUUUUUCAAAACCAGGGUACUUAAGAUGCGCCUGAGUAGUUUAGAAUUUUCACCAGAUGCCGAAGGUCGCCACAGACGAAAAAACAAUAUGAUGGGUCAGUUGAUGAUGUUCGGUAUGGUAGCAGCUGGCAUGAUCGUGAUUCCGAUGGGCUUUCAGUUCUUGGCAGUGCUCGGAGGAAAGGCUUUGCUUCUGGCUAAGCUAGCGUUAUUGCUGACAUCGAUUCAAGGCCUGAAGAAAAUCGCCACCAGCCACGUGAACUAUGGACUGUACUCUACGGGACUCGAACAUCACCACGAUUAUCACCACGGUAUUCAACAUGUACAUCACGGGCAUGGACAUGAUCAUGAUAUUCAUCAUGAACAUGAACCAUGUAAGGACUAUUUCGGUUAUGGUUACACCGGACGUGAACACCACAGUCUAUUGUCUCAGAUAUUUGAAGUUUUGGGGUUAGGGGACGUUGAAUGGUCUUUUCAAUUCGAGGAUUUGUCAGAUCAUUAUGACCGGCAGUGGCCCUACGAAAUGAACUCCUACGCUCCUGGGGACACCCCUCAUCCGGGAGUUUCCUUUCCAAUCAGUCAAACCCUACAACCGCGACAAGAUAUUGUAACUUAUACAAUUCAUGAUUAAUUUGUUGAUAAGGUUUUUAAAAUUUUACAUUGUUUAUUAUUUAUUAAAUUAUUUGC